AUGGCCUACCACUCGUGGCUGCCGUGGGCCUGCGAGGACCCGGAGACGGGGGCAGCGCCGAUGGGUCUGAGCGUGCGCGCGUCGGGCGCCUCGGGCGGCGCGCUCGCGCCCAGGGGCCGACGCUUCGCGGGCUGGCGCGGCGGAUGGUGGAUGUGGCAGGCCGAGCUGGGCGAGGCCUACUCCAGGGUGGACGUCGCUAUGCGGCCACUCGCCACGGGGAUGAUCGUCGUGCUGCGCCCGCGCGUGCCGUUUUCCUUCACGCUCCGACUGACCAGUUACGCCCUCUGCGGCGGCGGCGCGGCGGCGGAGUGGAACGCGGGCCGCAUCCUGCACUCCGAGGACGGCGGCUUCGUGGCCCUGCGCACGCUCGGCGGCUGGGACGGCGUCGACGCCGCCGCCCUGCCGCCCGAGCUGCACCCGGAGGCGGCCGAGAGCGCCGCCCUUGUGGCGACCGCCUCGCAGGCGUCGGGGCAGCUGCUCACGGGCACCUGGCGGCCGAGCUGCACUACAGCCGCGGCGCCGCGGCGCCGCCGCAGCCCAGCGUCAGCGGGCUCGAGGAGGGCCCGCUGGGGGCCGCGGGCGGCCUCUGCGUCUGCCUGGCGGACGGGCAGCGGCUCCCGCUGGACUUCGGCGCCUGCGAGGGCCUGCUGA